CCGGCCGGGAGCCCCGCGCCCUCCAUCCUUUCCCCUCCCCGGCUCCGCACUUUGUCCCCGGGCCUCGCUUUCGACCAGCGGCGCCCCUGCCCCCGGGCGGCUUUAGGCCCGAAGCGCGGACGGGAGACGGCUUUCCUUCCGCCGCGUUUUUCUUUCCUUUUAAAUGAAACCUUCAACUGAAGUUUUUUGAAAUUGUACCCACGCGGCCUCGUGAUCCGGCUUGUGCAAGAUUUUGGGUGUGUGUGCGCGUUUUUUACCCGGAUCUCCGCGGGGGCUCUUGUGUCGUGGUGGUUUUUUUUUUGUUUUUUGUUUUUUUUUGUUUUUGCUUUUUUUGUUUUUCCCUCCUCCGGAGUGGAGACUUGAGGCUGGUGAUGAGCUGACAGGACCGUGAGGCGCGUCACCAAGAGCGGAUUCCCAGACUUAGGGGAAGGGCAAGGAAAAGUUGUCUCGGAGCAGCCGAUGCCUGCCUUCCCGGGCUCGUCCAGGUCUGAAAUGCUGGCGGCCGAGGAGGCGGUCGGCACGCGUUGGACCAAGUUUUCAUGUUGCAUUUCAGGAAGGGGAGCCUGGUGUUUUCCAGAAGACGCACCCUCUUUUCUGAUCGCUGAAGGUUCCUUGCACAAGCUCGGUCUUUUCCGUUGUAUGACGUUGAUUGACUUUUUUUUUUUUUUUUCUUUUAUGGAUGCCCGAUUUGAAGCUUCCGUGUAAAAAGAAGUAGAUUGCCGAAUCACGCUUCUUUUAGGCAAAGCGUCAAGGCUGAAGGCCACUGUAUUACGGAGUUUCAUCAGCCCUUUCCUUGGGAAGCACUGGGUUUUUCAGUUUCUCGCUGCUUCCUUGCCCUCCGUAUGGGAGGAGGUGCCCAUGCGAGCGAUGUCAUUUGAUUCCAUGUCUCUUGGAUUCUCUCUUUAAUGCCAUCUUGUACAAGAUAACCUCAUUCUUGUUCCAGUGCGGUGUGUGGAGUUGGAUGUUUACCUACCAAAGGACCCGGAAAGUGGGCCGGUGCUGUUAGGAAGGCUCUUGGAGAAAGACAGCUGGAGUAGCAUCCUGUAGCAUUUUGAAAUGGGAUCUCGGGGACGGUCAGGUUCUCCUGCCUCGCUUGCCAGUUUGAAGGAGGAGUUCCCGGCCUGGUACGAGAAACUUGUUCUGGAAAUGGUUCACCAUAACACAGCCUCUUUAGAGAAAUUAGUAGAUACUGCUUGGUUGGAGAUCAUGACAAAAUACGCUGUGGGAGAAGAGUGUGAUUUUGAGGUUGGGAAGGAAAAAAUGCUCAAGGUGAGGAUUGUGAAGAUUCAUCCUUUGGAAAAAGUAGAUGAAGAGGCCGCUGAGAAGAAAUCGGAUGGUUCCUGUGACUCUCCCUCCAGCGACAAAGAGAACUCGGGUCAGAUUCCUCAGGAUCAUCAGAAGAAGGAAGCGAUUGUAAAAGAGGAAGAAGGAAGGAGAGAGAGUAUUAAUGACAGAGCACGUAGAUCUCCACGAAAACUCCCUACUUCAUUAAAAAAAGGAGAAAGGAAAUGGGCUCCACCAAAAUUUCUGCCUCACAAAUACGAUGUGAAAUUACAAAAUGAAGAUAAGAUCAUCAGUAAUGUGCCAGCAGACAGCUUGAUUCGUACAGAACGCCCGCCAAAUAAGGAGAUACUUCGAUACUUUAUACGGCAUAACGCGUUACGGGCUGGUACUGGUGAAAAUGCACCGUGGGUGGUAGAAGACGAGUUGGUGAAGAAAUACUCCCUCCCUAGCAAGUUCAGUGACUUUUUACUUGAUCCAUACAAGUACAUGACUCUCAACCCUUCUACUAAGAGGAAGAAUACUGGAUCCCCAGACAGGAAGCCCUCAAAAAAAUCCAAGACAGACAACUCUUCUCUGAGUUCACCACUAAAUCCCAAGUUAUGGUGUCACGUACACUUGAAGAAAUCCUUGAAUGGCUCGCCACUCAAAGUGAAGAACUCCAAAAAUUCCAGAUCUCCAGAAGAACAUUUGGAAGAAGUAAUGAAGAUGAUGUCACCCGCCAAGCUCCACAGUAACUUUCACAUUCCUAAGAAGGGCCCUCCUGCCAAGAAAUCGGGGAAGCACAGCGAUAAACCUUUGAAAGCAAAGGGCAGAAGCAAAGGCAUCCUUAAUGGACAGAAAUCUACAGGUAAUUCCAAGUCUCCCAAAAAGGGCUUGAAGACUCCUAAAACCAAAAUGAAGCAGAUGACUCUGUUGGAUAUGGCCAAAGGCACUCAGAAGAUGACACGAGCCCCACGGAACUCUGGGGGUACAGCCAGGUCCUCUAGUAAACCCCACAAACAUCUGCCUCCCGCUGCCCUACACCUUAUUGCCUACUACAAAGAAAACAAAGACAGGGAGGACAAGAAGAGUGCCCUGUCCUGUGUUAUCUCCAAAACCGCUCGCCUUCUCUCCAGCGAAGAUCGAGCCCGUCUCCCAGAAGAGCUGCGAAGUCUUGUUCAAAAGCGCUUUGAGCUUCUCGAGCACAAAAAGCGGUGGGCCUCGAUGUCUGAAGAGCAGCGGAAAGAAUAUUUGAAAAAGAAACGAGAGGAGCUGAAAGAAAAGUUGAAGGAGAAAGCCAAGGAGCGGAGAGAGAAGGAAAUGCUUGAGAAGCUAGAAAAACAGAAGAGGUACGAGGACCAGGAGUUACCGGGCAAAAGCCUUCCAGCAUUUCGACUGGUGGACACCCCUGAAGGGCUGCCCAACACACUCUUCGGGGAUGUGGCCAUGGUGGUGGAGUUCUUGAGCUGUUACUCGGGGCUGCUCUUACCGGAUGCCCAGUACCCUAUUACUGCUGUGUCCCUCAUGGAGGCCUUGAGUGCAGAAAAAGGCGGCUUUUUAUACCUCAAUAGGGUGUUGGUCAUCCUCUUACAGACCUUAUUACAGGACGAAAUAGCAGAAGACUACGGUGAACUGGGAAUGAAGCUGUCGGAGAUCCCGCUGACUCUGCAUUCUGUUUCAGAGCUGGUGCGGCUCUGCCUGCGCAGGUCUGACGUUCAGGAGGAAAGCGAGGGCUCCGACGCAGAUGACAAUAAGGAUUCGGCGCCGUUUGAGGACAAUGAGGUACAAGAUGAGUUCCUAGAGAAGCUGGAGACCUCGGAGUUUUUUGAAUUAACGUCAGAGGAGAAGCUGCAGAUCUUGACCGCACUCUGCCACCGCAUCCUCAUGACGUACUCGGUGCAGGACCACAUGGAGACCAGACAGCAGAUGUCGGCGGAGCUGUGGAAGGAGCGGCUUGCUGUCCUGAAGGAAGAGAAUGAUAAGAAGAGAGCAGAGAAACAGAAAAGGAAAGAAAUGGAAGCCAGAAACAAGGAAAACGGGAAAGAGGAGAACGGGCUAGGCAAACCGGAUAGGAAGAAAGAGGUGGUGAAGUUUGAGCCCCACGUGGACCUGGGAGCCGAAGACAUGAUCAGCGCCGUGAAGAGCCGGCGGCUGCUCGCCAUCCAGGCCAAGAAGGAGCGUGAGAUCCAGGAGAGAGAGCUGAAAGUGAAACUAGAACGCGAAGCUGAAGAAGAACGAAUACGAAGGCACAAGGCAGCUGCUGAGAAGGCUUUCCAGGAGGGAAUUGCCAAGGCAAAGCUAGUCAUGCGUAGGACUCCUAUUGGUACAGAUCGAAACCAUAACAGGUACUGGCUCUUCUCAGAUGAAGUUCCGGGAUUGUUCAUUGAAAAAGGCUGGGUGCAUGACAGCAUCGACUAUCGAUUCAGUCACCGCAAAGACCGUGCGGACCCUGCUGAUGAAGAUUACUGUCCCCGGAGUAAGAAAGCAAACCUAGGCAAAAAUGCAAGCAUGAACACACAUCCUGGACCAGCAGCAGAAGUUGCUGUAGAGACCACCAUACCCAAGCAAGGCCAGAAUCUAUGGUUUUUAUGUGAUAGUCAGAAGGAACUGGAUGAGUUGCUAAAUUGCCUUCACCCUCAGGGAAUAAGAGAAAGUCAACUUAAAGAGAGACUCGAGAAGAGGUACCAGGACAUCAUUCAUUCUAUUCAUCUGGCCCGGAAGCCAAAUUUGGGUCUAAAAUCCUGUGAUGGCAACCAGGAGCUUUUAAACUUUCUUCGUAGUGAUCUCAUUGAAGUUGCAACUAGGUUACAAAAGGGGGGACUUGGUUAUGUGGAAGAAACAUCGGAAUUUGAAGCCCGGGUGAUCUCGUUAGAGAAACUGAAGGAUUUUGGUGAGUGUGUGAUUGCCCUACAAGCCAGCGUCAUAAAGAAGUUUCUCCAAGGCUUCAUGGCUCCCAAGCAGAAGAGGAGAAAGCUCCAAAGUGAAGAUUCAGCAAAGAUGGAGGAGGUGGACGAAGAGAAGAAGCUGGCCGAGGAGGCGGAGGUCGCAUCUGCUCUGGAAAAGUGGAAGACGGCGAUCCGUGAGGCUCAGACUUUCUCCCGGAUGCACGUGCUGCUUGGGAUGCUGGACGCCUGCAUUAAGUGGGACAUGUCCGCAGAGAAUGCUCGAUGCAAAGUUUGUCGAAAGAAAGGUGAGGACGACAAGCUGAUCUUGUGCGAUGAAUGUAAUAAAGCCUUCCACCUGUUCUGUCUGAGGCCCGCUCUCUACGAGGUCCCAGACGGCGAGUGGCAGUGCCCUGCUUGCCAGCCUGCGACCGCCAGGCGCAACUCCCGCGGCAGGAAUUACACGGAAGAGUCCGCCUCUGAGGACAGCGAAGAUGAGGACAGCGCUGACGAGGAGGAGGAGGAGGAGGAGGAGGAGGAGGCGGACUACGAGGUGGCCGGGCUGCGAUUGAGACCUCGGAAGACGGCCCGGGCCAAGCAGGGCGGCCUCCCCGCGGCGGCAAGGCCGGGGCGCAGGCCGGGUAAGAAGCCACAUCCCGCCAGGAAGUCUCAGCCGAAGGCGCCGCCUGUGGACGACGCGGAGGUCGAGGAGCUGGUCCUUCAGACCAAGCGGAGCUCCCGGAGGCAGAGCCUCGAGCUGCAGAAGUGUGAGGAGAUCCUCCACAAGAUCGUCAAGUACCGCUUCAGCUGGCCCUUCAGGGAGCCCGUGACCAGAGACGAGGCUGAGGAUUACUACGACGUCGUCACUCACCCCAUGGACUUCCAGACUAUGCAGAACAAGUGUUCCUGUGGGAGCUACCGCUCCGUGCAGGAGUUUCUCGCCGACAUGAAGCAAGUGUUUGCCAAUGCCGAGCUUUACAACUGCCGAGGCAGCCACGUGCUGACCUGCAUGGUGAAGACCGAGCAGUGUCUGGUGGCUCUGCUGCAUAAACACCUGCCGGGCCACCCGUACGUCCGCAGGAAACGCAAGAAGUUUCCCGAUCGGCUUGCUGAAGAUGAAGGGGACAGUGAGUCCGAGCCCAUUGGACAGUCCAGGGGACGAAGGCAGAAGAAAUAGAGAGGCGGGGCCCUGGUAAGGGCGGCGGGGGGGGACCGGAGAGAGCCGGGGAGGGAGGGAGGGGGAGGGAGAGGAAGACGGCGAGGAACGCGGAAGGGAGGCGGCCACGGGGAGUCCGGAAACGCCCGCCAUCGCGGGCUCGCGCUGCCUUGCCCAGCUCUCCGGAGGGCCCGAAGCAGGCAGAGUUCUUUGCAGAGCCUGCUCUUGGGCUGGUGGUCUCUGCCCAGAGCUCCUGUGGGCAGUGGGCCGCCUUAGCCCUCUGAGAGCUACCAGGGAGAGGCCAAGGGCAUGGCUUUCUUGUGGGCCCACAUCCUUUAACUUGCUUCUUUCCUGCGGCUCCUCCUGCUUUGGCCACCACGACAGUGCCAAGCCUCUGGUCUCCAGGGGAGGGAGGACAGCAUUCCACGGAAGGAUCGGGGUAAUCAGGCCAAAAGGGGAGGCGGUGUGGAUUUUUUAAUUUCUAUUUACACACAGUCUUGUUUCUUGAAGCCCGUCCUGCCCCCUCCCCCUUCAGGUGACGGUAGCCGUGAGUGCCAUUCUGCAUUCUGUGUUCACCAGCAUCAGGAGACACUCGUGCUCUCUGAGUUGUUGCUCUUGGCAGAGUAAAGGGACAUGUCCUGGAGCCAUUCCUGAAUACCCCUCCCCUUCUUUGUGACGGCUCUGCCCCUCUCCCGCCCCACCUCCCCCCUACAAAAUCAAAAACAAAAAAA